AUGUUUACUUGGAGCGAAGAUGUCAAAUCUUUACCUGGACCUGUUGGAGUGAAAUAUGACGAUAGCAUGACUGUCCUGAAGAUACAUUUAGUAGUAAUGGGAAUCAAGGAGAAAACGAUAAUUCGCGCUGCAAAUACAGAUGUGCAUCUUAAAUACAACGAAGAAGGUUUCAGUGUAUUGUUGGAGGUGUUCAAAUUAAAUAAGAAGACAAAGCCGCCAAUGAAGAAAGUUUUGGAAAAACGAUUUUUUGAGAUGCGAAAAUGCCCCAGUAAAAUAUUAAGUGUCGAUUAUAAGUUGAAGAACGAUCAGUGUAUUCUGUCGAUCCGCAAAGCUUUGCCUGGUCUUUGGAGUAAUGCUCUUUCUUUGUAG